UUCUCUGGAAAUGCAAUUCUGUUUUUCUGUGCGCCCAGAUGUGUGGUGUUUUCCUGGAACCUCCUCCAGCUCUCUGCAGUCCAAGACAUUUUUCUCCAGAGUCUGCAUUGCACAAUAUGUUUUCAGGAAGUGAGAACUGCAAGGAGCUCGGGAGACCAAGACUGAGACCCUUUUUCAGCCAGCCUACAAUAACAGUGUGAGGAGCGAAGGCACAACAGAAAAGGGGUUGGUUAGAGAACGAAUCACAUUUUUUCGCACACAAAUAGCUUCACUCAGUUUUGGACGAUGGCACCAGUGAAAGCAUGCUUGAGGAGGACAUUCAUUAUUGUGGAUGUUGUUAUAGGAAUUCUGGGAAUUAUUUGGCUUGCCCUAUCACUGUUUCUGCAUGGCCAUUACCAUGGCAUCAAAGGGGGACAGAAUUACGAAUCCGACGCAAUUGCAGGUUUUUCCAGUUUGUAUGCGUUUGGAGUUUGGGUUGCGCUAAUGUGUGCAGUGGGGCUUUAUGGCAUCCUCAAGAAGAAACAGUGGGCACUGAUUGUGUUUUCUGUCGGGAUGAUACUGGUGUGCUUGGUAUUUCUUGUGACAGCAUUAUCUGCAGUCAUUUCAUCAUGCAUGACAGAAGAAUACGCUAAAGUUGCUUUAAAACCAGAAAAACCACUUGAUGAAGAGACCGAAGAAAUCCAGGCUCAGUAUGAUAGCCUCCAAUCCAUGUUCCAUUGUUGUGGCUUUCUAAAUGGAACCCAUGACUGGGGGAGUAUAAUCCCAGGGUCCUGCCAAUGUCCAGAUACACCUGAAAUAUUGGAGCACUGUAUUAGUCUCAAUGUGACGUCACCUGAGAGAACGGAGGAAAUCAAUGUGUAUGAGCAGCCCUGUUUCCCCUACCUGUUCCACUUUCACAGAAUGAUCUACAGAAUAGUGGCAGCUUUUCAUUUCACAAUUCUUCUAUGUCUGGUUGUCGGUCCCGUGCUGUCCAUUGUAAUACUGUGCCAAAUGAGAAGAAAGACAAUCGCACCGCCAGUCGCUUUUACAACACAUGCAAGUGACUCAAAAUACACAGAGCUCAGAUAAGCAUUCUGGGAGGUCUUUUUAAGACUUGCAAUGUUUUCUGAAGCAUAAUGCUUUACUGUGGCAAACCUAUUAGGAUGCUUGUUUUGUUUUUGCCCUUGAAUGACAGCUAUGUGGUUUUCAUGAGUGUCUGCUAUGUAAGAAAAGUAUUUUGUAUACUCUCAAUGAAUACAUUUGUAAAACUGAGAAAAUUGCCACAUUAAAAUGAUUUAUUGUUGAUACAUCCAGUUUAUGUUGACAAAAUAAUCUCAAAAGCUUUGGCUAUUAUUUUUUUCCUCAGCAUUUCUCAUAGAAUGGUUAUAAUACAUUUCAUUUUCAGUUAAUACACUUUAUAUAUCUACAAAGCUGUACACAGAAUGUUUUCAGUAAGAUAUGUGCAAAAUGAGUUGUUAAUGGCAAAUAAAUGUACUUGUAUUUAUUUUUAA